ACGAGAGUACAUAGACGGAUCUUUAACGAUAGCGCAAAUGUAUCGAUACUAUAAAUCCGAGCAAGAGGCUGAAGGGUUGCCAGUUGCCAAAAAAUGUACCUAUGAACACAUUUUUAAAACCCAAUUUAACAUAUCAUUUUUCCAACCUAAAAAGGACCAAUGUGCAAUUUGCGAAACCUUUAAAAAUUCUGAUACAGACGAAAGAUUGUCGCUUCAGAAAGGAUACGAACGGCACAUUAACAACAAAAUCAAGAGUAGAGAAGAAAAGGCUCGAGACGUCGAGAAAGGAAAACAAGAUUCUUCCUUUAAAAUAGCCUGUUUUGACUUACAAGCGGUUUUACCGACGCCUUGUGGAGAUGUUUCCACAUUUUAUUACAAAUGCCGUUUAAAUUGUUUGAACUUCACAGUUUUUGAAAUACCAUCGAAAAGAGGGUUUUGUUACUUUUGGCAUGAGGCGAUUGCUAAUAGAGGUGCUAAUGAAAUAGCAACUUGUAUAUUACAUUAUUUAAAAACGGAGUGCAAAGGAAAAGAUGUCAUCUUCUAUUCCGACAACUGCGUAGGGCAAAAUAAGAACAAAAUGAUUGUUUCUAUGUAUCUCUGCGCAGUUAACAAAUUUGAUGUCAAAAGCAUUACACAUAAAUUCCUUACGGUAGGCCAUACCCAAAAUGAAGGAGACUCAAUGCACGCCAGUAUUGAGCGCCAGAAGCGUAGAGUACUAAGAAGUGGCCCUAUUUAUGUACCGUCACAAUGGGCUCCAAUUAUCAGAGCGGCCAAGAAAGAAGGUACACCCUACAUCGUGAAUGAACUUGCCACAGAAGAUUUUCUGGAUUUUAAAAAAUUUAGCGACACAAUUGGGAAAAAUUUUUCAAUUAAUUCCAAACAAGAAAAGGUUGUGUGGAAUGAGAUUCAAGUUCUACGCGUAGAAAAAAAUUAUCCAACGUCGUUUUUUUAUAAAACUGACUUUGACUUCCUUGAAUAUGAACAAAUUAACAUCCAGGAAAAACUAAGGCGUUGCAUUGACAUUAGCGCAUGUUAUCCCGAAAAGGCCUUUGUAAAAGCCCCAUCGAUAUCUCAAAAAACUAAAGAACAUCUUGCUUAUUUAUGUGCAAAAAAUGCUAUUAAAAAAGUGUACCAUGGGUUCUAUAAUAACAUAAUUGGUGAAAAGUAAUCGUUUAACUUUUUUAGAGUAUAAUGAACGUGCUUUUAUAUACUUUUAUAUAUUUUUUACUUUUGAAUAAAAAAAAUAUUUCAGUUAGUAAUUUACUGCAAUAACGCCACAACUACUAGAAAACUAUUUGGUUUUAUGCACGGGUGGUUCAAAAGUGGUGGACGCAAUAUGGCCACAACUAACAAAAUUAUACUUUUAAUUAAUCCAUUGAUAAUGGUAUAAAUUAAAAUCAAAGUAUCACAUUAAAUAAUCAAUGUAUGACAAGGCGCACAAAAAUCGAUAGUAAUAUGCAAUUGUUAUGGUUGGAUAUCUAAACAGCACUAACUUUAUUUGCACGUACUCUAACAUUGUUGUGUUGGCACUUGCGGCACUAUUGAACUAGAUGUGCGAUACUAAGGACACUGCCUCAACCGAAGGGUUAGGUGCCUUGAAAUAAUAAUCAGACGUCUCAAAUCAAGGCUCGCAAUCCUUGUUACAACGCCUACAUGUCCUAGUGACCUGGGUUUUAGCCUAUGCCACGCACUAUUCAAUUAUUUCGCGAUUCGUAACGAAAAGAGCGUAGUGUUUGAGUGUUGCUGCAGGUUACAGUCAUUUGGAGAAUACGAACAAAAGAUCAGAAGGUUUUCGUGCCUCAGCUCAAAAUGAUGGGGAGACACCAUGUGCGGGAGUUGCUCGAAAAAUAUGACGUUGGAACGCGAAUUGAAUUCGAGCACUAUCUCUCACUCUGGAGACAAUCAAUUGGUAUCCCUCUAAAUUCCUAUGAAACUGGCCCCACUGGAAGUGGUAUGACAAGGCAGCUCGCAAGCACAUCCAUCUGGGUGGACAAUCUUGAACCAUCAGACAUAAGGUCACCGUGUUCAUCCCAUCAUUCAACCGAUGCGGGAUCAGGUGCCAAAGUGCUAUUGGCAACUAUUCUGAAAGACUCCCCGAAAGCAGCGCUGUUGAUGGAAUACUGGGAAAAAAAUUCGAAAUUUGAAAACGAACAGAGAGGAGCCCUGAUCAGUUUAAUAGCAAGAUACUUCGAGGAUAAUCGCAUCCCCAUGACAAUGGCAGCAAGCUAUCAAUUGGAACGAGAGAUAGUCGAGAGAUUUCCGACUGAGAAGCUGGAGUUCUACCGCACUAACAAGAGAGGAAAACUCUACAAUAAAUGGAGGAACAGCAACGGUAGAUUCAAUAAAGCUGUUUUGAAAAAAACGGAAAAAACGGAUACAAGCAGGACUGAUAUUGCUCUUGAUUCAGAAAAGGACGCGGAGGAUAUAAUAAGGUCACUGCGCAAUGACGAUCUAUCUGCCGAAGAGCUCGAUCGGUUUUGGAAGGCGUGCGGGAAUUAUCGAUUGAAUCAAAUCAGAACAGCCAAUUCAACAGCAGAAAUUUUUAAGAAGUGGCCGCAAUAUAAAACUCCCUCCGGAUAUAGAUUUAUUGAAUUUGAUUUCGUCAUUCUCAAUAGAGAUAGUAAAGACCCUUCUUCAAUUUGGGAGGCCGGUGCGAAUAAGAUAAUACAAUUCCUCGCAAAUAGUAUCAAAGACAAAGAGUUGAAAACUUUGAUAAAAAGUCUGGACGAAGACAUGGAAGAGAAUGGUCGGAACGCCACAAUUCUGUGGCUUCUUCAUGGGUUCUUUGUGCCCAGCAAUCGAGGAACACAAACCGAUAUAAACGGCAAGAAAAAAAUUACAAAAUACACUAUUCGAGACUCUCAGCAGUAUUUCCUCUACCUGGGAAAAUCUGCCCAACAAGUAGAGCAAUGGAUAGAACACAGGAAGUCCAAAGGUACAGCCAUACAGCCAUUUUUAUUCGCCAUUGCAGAGAGUCUCAAAGAAAUAGGAGAGGUUUUUGUUUAUUUCGACGACGUGAAGUUCAAAUUUUAUAACAUAAUACGCGCAAUGGACAUCUGUUUCAAAAUAUUCCACGUAUUCAAUCUCGAAUAUCCGAAUGAGUGCCACAUGUUUUGGACAUUCAUCGAAACAUAUUUAUAUAAUGUAAAAUCAAACAAAAGUUAUACUAAAGUUUAUGAACUUAAAGACUUUUUGAAAUCAGGCGAGAACUAGGUGCGUCUCAUUUUGUAUUUUGUAAGUAUAUUUU